UUAAAAACCCCUGUUUAAAACCUAUUCGAGCAACAAGCUUAACCCAAAUUUGACGCCCCGUACGGGUUAAAUUCUAUUUACUCGUGAGACGCGCAGUGCAAAGUAAGAAAUAAUUAUGGAGGAAAAAGACGAGCUGCAAGAAUCUGCUACUCCUUGCUUGCAUUUAGUCUCUGCUUUCCUCGCCCGUGAACCCCCGGAUUUCGUUAUCUCAUUUGCCAGGGAUUGUGGAGGUGGUUCCAUUACGGAGAGUGUGCAAAGUUUCAUUUGGAACCAAUGUAUCAACAAAUCCGAUGUCAAGUGUAAUGGGCAUUAUUUAAAAAGUUUCUUGAAGAAGCUCAUCGUUGAAGUCGAGUCAAAUGGGGACGUUGUUUUGGAUGAAAUAUAUGAAAUGUAUAUUUAUUGUCUGACUAGUCUGAAGGAUGAUGAAUUGACUAAAGGAAACGCUAGAACGUUAAGAAGAGUUUCAUUUCUACUUCCCAAGGAUUGUUCACAAGCCUCAAGUUGUCAAAUAACUAGGAAAUUUGAAGUCACGUUGCAAUGUUCACUUAGCAUGCUUGAAGGAAAUACAGGGUGCUCGAUUUGGCCAGCAGGUCUGUUCCUUUCAGAGUUCAUACUUUCUUUUCCAGAACUGUUCUCAGACAAAUCUUGUCUUGAGGUUGGUUCAGGUGUUGGAUUGGUUGGUGUCUGUUUAGCUCACGUGAAUGCCGCCAAGGUAGUACUUACAGAUGGUGACUUAUCAACUUUAGCAAACAUGAAGCUCAACUUGGAGCGAAAUCAUCUGCACACUGAUAUGUUAGACCAUACACCAGAUACCAAAAUGGGCAAAUUGGUUUUCUCUUUUAAUUUAUAACAGAGGUAUACGGGCCAGCCUGCGCACCCUCGACUAUUCCACCGGUACUUGCAUCGUACCACCAAUACAGGUCUUCAAGAAUUUGGAGAAAUCAUCUAGUUUUUUGCCUCUGCAAGAAUGUGAACCUACUCUAAUCUUCAUCUACCGCUAGAUCACACCCAAAGAAAAAUAUUGAUGUCUAAUCACGGAAGUCAAAAUGGUUUUGGAUAAUCAUUCAUCAUUUAACUUGAAACAAUGUUGUAGGGCAAUUGCUAUUCUGCUUAUCCACUUCUGCAUGUAGCAAAAAAUAUAUAUACCAGAAAAGCAAAAAAACAAAAGAUGAAGUGAAUUCAGAGCACAAUGGUCAGGGACCAGUAAGAAAAUCUUCUAUGUUUUAAUUUCUUCUGGCUACCAUUUUGAUAAUACAGCACCUUGAAAGUUUAUUCUAUUUAUACCCAAAAACAUACUGUACUUAGAAAUGUCAAUUGUGUAUGAUCAUUUGACCAAGCUCCAAGAUAAAUAGAACGAGGGGAGGUGAGUGUUCUCAAGAUGAAACAACCAGCAAGAUGUGCACGCACUAUCACUGUCUUCACUUAAUGGAUUUUCAUGGACUUAUGUGGAAUAUGCCUUAGAUUUCUGGACAUGUAUGUCUGGUUUUCCUCUCUGGCCAAAGAGGUCACAUUAGCAAGUUCUCUUUUAGAUAAUGGAAAUCUGGUGAAAAUUCUACUUUAUGUUCUUUCUUU